GAACUGGCUAAUCUAACGUUUCCGAACCUCUUCACCGAUCCUCGGAAAUUUGCUCUAAUCGGUGCGGCUGCUCAGCUCGGCGGGAUUGUGCGUAUGACGGCCAGCCUAACCGUCAUCCUUAUGGAGGCCACUGGAAAUGUUUCUUUCGGCCUUCCUAUCCUUUUCACUCUACUCUUCGCUAAGUUCUCUGGUGACUAUUUUAAUGAGCUUUAA